AUGGCUGACGAAUGUCCCAAAAUGAGACUUCGGCAAGAAGUGACUUGUUCCGUCUGCUUGGAAUACUUCACUGACCCGUACACGGUUGACUGCGGGCACAAUUUCUGCCGCUCCUGCAUUGCCCAGUGCUUGGCAGAGUCUCCCACAGAAGUUGCCUGCCCGCAGUGCCGAGUGCAGAUUCAGCCCCAGAAUUUCAAGCAAAACAGGUACAUGGCCAAUUUUGUUGAAAUAUCCAAACAGUUGAGUGGACACAAAGAGAGAAACCCUCGAAGGAAGAAUAUCUGUGAGAGACACCAGGAGUCUCUGAAUUUUUUCUGCAGAAAUGACCAAGUACGCAUCUGUCUGGUGUGUGACAAAUCAGAAGAACACGAGGGCCACGACACAAUUCCUGUGGAGAUGGCUGCACAAGAGUUCAAGGUGGGAAUGCGCUCCUCUAGAACCUGUGAAAUCACUUUCUAUUUGUGUGCAUGUUUGAAAAUGGAAGAAGGGAAGGACAAAAUAACUACCGCCUUCCUAGUGCUACGGGAAUUUCUGGUGGAUGGAGAAAUCCUCGUGUCUAACCAACUGGGCAAGGUGGAAAAGGAGAUUGCGAGAAAGCUGGAGGAGCACAUGAGCAGAGCAGCGGAGAAGCUCUCUUCUUUUGACCACAUUUUUGGGAAGAUGGAGGAGAUGUGUCGACUGCCGGAAGAUGAACUCCUGCAGAAAGCUGGAAGUAACUUGCAGAGGUGGGCAAGGGAGAAAUUUGAGAAACCAGUGGCAUACUCCGCGGCACUGAAAUGGAAAUUAUGGGAGAUCUGCGAUAUUCACAACUUUCUGGAGGUUUCUGUGAAUCGAGUCCGAGCCCUUUUUGACGUUGGAUUUCAGCUGCAGUACCAGAAAGCAAUUGUGACUUUCGAUCCUGCUACGGCACACCCCAAGCUUGUCCUAUCUGAGGAUUGUAAAACAGUGAGAUGGGAUAACCAGGAUCGAGCAGUGCCUGACAUUCCAGGGAGGUUUGACCUCCAUCCUUGUGUGCUCGGCUGCGAAGGGUUCAACUUGGGCAGACUUUAUUGGGAUGUCGAUGUGGGGGUUGAGGGCGACUGGGCCGUCGGAGUGGCCAAGGAGUCCGUAGAGCGCAAGGGUGAGAUUGUUCUAAGCUCUGAGAAAGGUAUCUUUGCUAUCGGGAAGUGCGGGGACCGAUAUUGGGCUUUUGAAGAGUUGAAUGUUGCUUUCCCAUGGAAACCUUUGAAGCCCAUGACAAUCAGAGUCGCACUGGACUACAUUGGGGCGGGUGUGGGAUUCUCUGAUGCUGACACUGCUGCAGAACUUUUUGAGUUCAGAGAAGAUUCGUUUACUGAUGAGAGACUUUACCCCUUCUUCUGGCUACAGAAAGGUGCCCAGCUCAAAAUCCAUUCUUAG